AUGCAAUUAUACUCAACUCUCAAUAAUCAUACUCUUAGGGAGGUUAGAAGAGGGGCAGAAAUGAUGAGUUCUUUUCUUCCUUCGCAAAAAGAAUUUGAAUUAUUUGAAGAACUCAUUGUAAUCCUUUCUUCUUUUGAUGAAGCAACACAAUUUUUAAGUGGAUCCAAAUACCUGACACUUGGUUUUAUAACACCAAUGUUAGAAGAACUCGUACGUUGGCUUAAGUACUUUACUGAUCAAAAUGAUGAAGUGAUCCUUGUUAGAAACAUAAUCUUAGAUAACUUGAUUGAACAAGAUUUACACUGCUCGACGAUCCAAAUUAUGCACCACCAAUUUGAUGAAUUGAAUUCAACACAACCUACUAAUGAUGAUACUACACUAACCAACAAUGAUGAUACAAUAUUACAUCAAUAUAAAAAACUUAAAAUGUCAUUUUUUUCUCAUUUAUGA